ACGGAGGUGGAGCACCGUCAGCAGCACUGGAGGGCUUCGGGGAACCUCCGCCACCCUCACUUUCUAGCCCCGCUCAUGUUGAACUGACACGUGAGCUGGUGUCACCGAGAAAGGGGGACAGGCCUGCGAGGCGCUCGUCCUUUUGCACUCAGACUGGGUUGCUUUGCCCCGAACAUCCUUCUGUGAACAGUCCUUGCCAGCGGGGGCUUAAAACAUCCAUGCUUUCUCGAACGCUGAGCAGUCUCCCCAUCAGCCCUCAAGAUCUCAUUGUUCUGACCUGAACACUCCAUGGCUUACCCCUCCCUAGAUCCAGGCUCUGUCUCCCCAGCUGGGCAGAAAACACACACACAGAGGUGACAGAGCAGCAGCGAUACUCAGAGAGCAGCUGGGGAAAGGGACAACCGAAGAGAAGAGGCAUUGGCUUAGGAGCAGCUGCCUGCAGGAUAGAUAGAUAUCCUGUCUUGCUGCUGGCCGAAGAGAAACGGCAGCUCUGCCCCCCGUAAGAACGUAGCAUAUUGCUAAGAUGCCAGACCAGCGAAGCAGUUCCAGAGCCUUCAUGUCCCCCAACAGAUAUAUGAAUAGAGAUUACCCAGUGGGCAACAGUCCCAUUUUAAAAUAUGCCGUCCAUUGUCCCCCAGAGCCCACUUUAACUUGUCAGACCAUGUGUUGUGCUUCGUAUAGAAAAGGCGUUCCCUGUGCCCAUAGGUGGGAAGGCAAAUGCCCAAUCACUCCCUGAAGCAGCUUCAUUACGCAGCCCUGACAGCCACCCGAGAGCCUCCCUCCUCUCAGACGGAAACCCAGGCCUAGAGACAGCAGCACACACAGAUACCGCCUAGCACAGCCAUGUGCACACUGACAUGCAUGCACAUGCACACACAGCAAGAACCUUCUCCUACAUGCAAGGAGCCCAUGCACACACACCCCUCUCAUAUUAGACAGACCCAGCCAUGGGCACCUCUGACACGUCUUCCACCAACACAGUGCCUUUUUUAUUUUUAGUUUUUCAUCAUUUUUAUUGCUGUUAUGAUUGUCUUAAAGUUUAUCUCGUCCAUGAGCAAGAGAGGCAGAGAGAAAGACAGGAAGAGGACUCCCGGCAGGACCUUGAUCCUGCAGUUCACCUCCAGCCUCGGCCAGCCCCGUGUGCCUGCCAUCCUCAGGGAGGUCUCCGGAGGCAAACCUGGAACCUUCCCGUGUGGAGCAGCCUCGUGGAGGAGGGCUGCAUUGUCGGUGGUGCCGAUGAGAGCUUUUUUGGAACCGGUGUUCCUUGGAUCAGGUUCAAGGGGAUGGGGGAGCAGUGAGAGUCUUCAGUCGCCCUUUCACCCCAGUUUCCCAGAUCUGCUCUUAUCUCUGCCUCACAAGCCACCCCUGACCCCCUCUUCCUUCCUUGUCUUGAAAAAGCUCUACUUUCUGGAAAGCCCCAGUAUUUCACCUUUGGGAAAAAAGCCCACUUUUGGGUCCCCACCUUUUUCCUUUCCUGAGUGUAGCCCCCACAAGGCAGAUCCUACCUCAAAACAGGAAGCCCCAGGCCAGUGCCCCAGGCAGGCCUGAGGAUUAGGCGGGCAGUGGGUGUGGGGCAAGGGCUUCCGGAAUGCAGCCCCGCCCCUGUGACCCUCUCUGGUCCUGGGCACUUAUCUUGGAAGCACAGCCUCUGACAGCCGCCCCAGCCCUCUGCCCGUCCUGAGCCCAGCAGUGCCAUGGGGAACUGUCUGCAGCCGGUGAGGCCCUCUGUGUCCAGUGGCGAGAAUGUAAGUCAGCUCGACUUGGAAAACUAUUCCUGGAAUUACUCCUCUGACGAUAACAGUUCUGGCCCAUGGGUGGACUACGACAACCCCGACCUGGCGGCAGCUGCCCCCUGCCACUCCUGCAGCCUGCUCGAUGACUCCUCGCUGCCCUUCUUCAUCCUCUGCAGUGUCCUGGGCAUCCUGGCUAGUGGAGCAGUCCUCUUCGUGUUUCUCAGACCUCUGUUCCACUGGCGGCUCUGCCCUGGCUGGCCUGUCCUGGUGCAGAUGGCUGUGGGCAGCGCCCUGUUCAGUAUUGUGGUGCCGAUCCUGGCACGAGGGCACAGCAGUGCCCACAGCACCGCUCUCUGCAGCCUGGGCUAUGGGACCUGGUAUGGGUCAGCCUUUGCCCAGGCUCUGCUGAUAGCAUGCCAUGCCUGCCUGGCCCCCAAACAGGGUGCAGGCCAGGUCUCAGGCCACACCCUGUGGCUCACUGUGGGGCUUUGGGGAAUGGCCGCACUGUUAGGAUUGCCCAUAGCCCUGGACAGCAACUCUUCUCAAGGACGUUGCACCGUGACUUCCAGCUGGGACCUGGAGCCUUUGCAUCACACACACAUUGUGGUCUGUUUUGCCGUCUUCGUCUUGUUGCCGCUGGGUUUGCUGGGAGCCAAGGGGCUGAUGACAGCACUGGGCAGGGGGCCAGGACCUUCUGUUGGUAUCUUGUGGAUCUGGUUUAUUUUCUGGUGGCCUCAUGGGGUGCUUCUGGUGGUGGACUCCCUAGUGAGGGCCAGAGUCUUACUGUUGCAGACGUGUCUGGCCCAGCAGGCUCUGGACGUGCUGCUGCACCUGGCUGAAGCUCUGGCAAUACUGCACUGCGUGGCUGGGCCCCUGCUCCUGGCCCUGUUCUGCCACCGGGCCACCCGCACUUCCUUUUCCUCCCAGCCUCUCCCUGCAAGAUGGUCUCAUCAAGACACUCUUGGAGGCAAAUCCUAGCUCUCUUCCCACCUGUCAACCUCAAUUAAAGUCUAUACUGCUUUUGUGAA